AACUAGAGUAUGUACACGCUCCAUUUCUAUAAGCAAAGUUCAAAAAUAAUGAUGUUUGCGCAUUCAAAUUUUGAUUUUCGUCAGAACACGCCAAACCAUCCACCAUGUACCUCUCUCUGUACUCAUUUUCACCCUCAAGUAACUCUCUCUCUCUACUCAUUUUCACCCUACAGAGCUCUCGUGACUUACUUUCCCCACUCCUGCUCGCGUCCUGGGCUGAGGCCGACUGGGCAAGGGGCUCUGCCGGUGAUGGAGAGGUGGGAUCCGGCGUCCGCUUGCCGGUAGCCGUCCGGGAGCAGCGCAUCCCGUCGGUGGACUGGCCGGCCGGCUGCUGUCCCGGCCAGGCGACGGGAGCCGCUGCAAUCGCGCCGAGAAGCUCUGCUCCUGGGCGAGAACCGACGUUUUCCGGUGGUUUGUGCUGUGUAGUAUAUGAAAAGGUACAGGGAUCGCAAUACCAAUUGGAAGGGACAUUGAUGGAGAAAGGGAGAUCCAAUGGACCACCCACUCUGGAUGAGGAUUAUGAUUACAGUGACUCUCCAAUCCCUAGUCAGAUGUUCACCUCCCUAGCGCGUGAUGGUGAUGAAUCACCAUUGGAUGUUACUGCUUGGGCAGAGAAGAAUAUAGGCGACACCCAUCUUGGAAAGAGAAAGUCUAAAGUUGCCCCGGCUCAAAAACAAAGAAAAAAAGGUAGAAGAAAUGACGAAGAGGAAGAGGAAGAAAUUAGAAGUGAGGACACUACGCCUGAGCCUACGGGUGAUGACUACAAUGAAAAUGACAAUGAUGACGACGAUGACGACGACACCGAUGAUGGUGGCAGCGGUGGUGGUGAGACAGCCGGAGGGACUAGUGCGGUUGGAGGGAGCAGCGGUGGCCAUUCAGGUGGAAGGCCUAUUAGAUUUACUGGAGAGAGCCAUUUCACACAUGCCACACAGGAUGAAGACCAUGGAGCACCCACUUCACAGAGACAGACUAGAAGCUACCGAAGACAAUCCACAACCCAUGAAUAUGAUAGCUCUAGCUCUCUUAGCUCCACCAGUAGCUACCCUGCCGUACCAUCAUACCCAUAUCCAUACCCACAGCCAUACCCAUACCCACAGUCGUAUCCAUACCCUCCACCAGAUCCAUACGCACAACCAUAUGACCCUCGGCUGCACUCAUUGCAUAUCAUGUAUGACUAUCUGUCUGGGGCACAUCAUCAGUACAAGGAGGCUGAAUGAACUAUUUCAAUUCGUGUGAUGUCAUGGUAUGAAUCUUGUAUGGACAAAUAAAUAUUAGAACUUGUAUGCCAUAUUUCUAUCCAUGAACUUGUAUUGUAAUAUGUACUAAAUAUAUUGUAUGGAAUGCACUUCGGACUUCUAUUAA